AGAGAUUUCCACUCCUCAUACAACGAAGAGCUACUGGAUAACUCACUGCCCUGCAUGUGGCAGAAACGGGAGAAAGGCAGUCUUGAGCUUGAUAAAACAGAAGCAAAACCUCUCCAAAAAGUUCAGAGGAAAGAAAACCAGAUGCUGAUCUGUAAUCCUAUCUCCUGUGGAGUUCUGCCUAUUGCUGCUGCUUCCAGCAAAAGCAGAGAUAUCCUGGAACCUUGUAGAAGCUCAAGAACACCUGGCUGGUUCUCAAGGAUAAUCCUCUUCUGGAAUGAUGACUUUCAAGAGUAGAGAACAUACUUCAGUACACCCUAUUCAGCACAACAGAUCUGGGAGGUACCUACUGUGGCUGCCCGCUUCAGCACUCGGCUCUCCAGCACUGAAGAGUGAGGACUGAGUCCAUCAAAGGCUCCUGCAGCUGGGCUCCUGCCAGCAGUGCAAAUUUGUAGAACUGACCAGCUUCUUGGAAGAUGAUGUUUGUUCCUACUUGAAACUGCCAUUUGGUAAACAGAAAAAGAAUGUGGAAGAACCCAAACCUUCGCUGCCUUUUAGCGCUAGCUAUUUUAUGUUUAACAAGCUUAGUGCAUGGUCGAGAGAUAGGUUCUCAAGGGGACCCCCAGAAUUUAAAAUGUGUCACGCACAAUUUACGUAAAAUGGUCUGUACUUGGGAUAUCUCUUCUAAAAGAAGACAUGGACAAACUGAGUUUUGUUACACUACUGACCUCCUUCUUCCAGUGUGUUUUAAAACUAAGGAGAAAAGGGUCGAGAUUCCAGUCCCAGAGAGCUCCACCACUGUGAAAAUAACCACAUACAGCAUUUCUGGAACAGCCUUUGCUUCUAGACACUUCGAAAUUCACAAGAAAAACAUCUCAUUUGUUCCACUUGCUCCACGCAUUCUUAGUUUAACACCUGACUUUUCAACUUCCACGUUAAUUCUGAAGUGGAAUGAUAAUGGAUCAACCUUCCCAUAUGGACUGGAUGCCUCUUGGGAGAUUGAGAUACUCCGUAAGGAAACAAUGGAAAAAGUCACACGAGAAUCUUACAAUUCUAAACUGACCCAUGAAGACAUCAUUCAUUCUUGGAACUGGAAAUCAGAUAUGCCUUUGGAGUGUACAUCGCACUAUGUGAAGAUUCGGCAAUAUAUUAAUGUAACACAAUUUGAUGGCCACAAGGAUUGGAGUGACUGGAGCCCAGCAGAAGUGGUUCCUGGAAAAGAUACUGAGCCCAAUGGAAGUGGACUUUUUCCUCAGGACACUGUGGUGGCAGUGGGCUCAAAUGUAACAUUUUGUUGUGUCCACGAAGAAGGACGGCAGGUACAACGGAUGUCAUACGGAGCAAAAGAUUACCCACUAAUACAUCUGAGCAGUCGGAGCAGUGCAAUCAGAGUGCUAAAUGCCAAUGCUUCACAUGCCAGUGGGACAAAUAUAGUGUGCAGAAUGUCUGAAAAUGGGAUGGAUGGAACUGUCUUGUUUGUAGGAUAUGGCCCUGAUAUUCCCCAAGACCUCAGCUGUGAAACAUCCAACUUUGUGAUAAUAAAAUGCACCUGGAAACCAGGUAGAGCCAGUGGACUAUAUGGAGUACGAGGAACAAAGUACAGUUUAUUUGAAAGUAUAUCUGGUAAAAAUGUUUCCUGUGAAGUAAAUGAAAUGAAAAAAGAGCGUGUUUGUGGCUUUCCAGUUCUGGCUGAUCAGAAAACUUACAGUUUCAUAUUAGGCGUUUCCAAUCCUAUUGGACAAACAGAGGCAUCACUUUUGGUUGAUUUAAAUCAGAGAGUUAAUCCAGCAACUCCAGAAAAGCUAGCUGUUUCUGGGAACAGCUCCACAAGUGUCCAUCUGCGCUGGUUUAUAAAUGGCAGCUUUGCUGAGAUCAGGCUUCUAUGUCAAAUUGAGAUUAACAGUGGCCACUCUGAGCAAAAACUGCACAAUGUCUCCAUGCCUGGUGGAAAGUUCUCAACUUACACAACUCAGCUGAACACGUUGCACCCAUAUACGAAGUACCGGUUCAGGGUGCGCUGUUCAGCUGCUGACCACUUCUGGAGAUGGAGUGACUGGAGCAGGACAGAGGAACACACAACACUGGAAGCCCCUCCUGCCAGAGGACCAGAUAUCUGGAGAGAGAGAAGUCCUUCUGGAAAAAGUCUAAGAAUCUUCUGGAAGCCCUUAUCCCUUUCUGAUGCCAAUGGAAAAAUUGUAUCUCAUGAAGUGUCCUGCUACCUGCUAGAGGAAUCACUGGAGUAUAAAGAAGUCACAGAGCCCUCAAACAGUACUGAGAUAAAACUUGGAAGAAAUGACUGUGUAAUUAGCGUUGUAGCCAAAAAUCAUGCAGGCUCAUCUCCUCCUUCAAGGAUAACAAGCGUGGAACUUCCAAGUGACAAUGUCAAAACAGAUCGAGCCGUGGCAAUGGGGAAUGGAAUUUAUAUUUCUUGGAAUUCUUACCCCAACAUGACCUGUGGCUAUAUAGUAAAAUGGUGUCAUUCAUCUGGGUCUGAACCCUGCAGUGUGGACUGGCAGAAAUUUCCUUCAAAUACAACAGAUGCAGUGAUAAAAUCUGCUCUAUUCAGACCUGGUGUGAGAUACAACUUUUCACUAUACGGCUGCAAAUCCAGUGGAUAUCAGUUAUUGAAAAACAUAACUGGGUAUACAAAAGAGCUGCCUCCAAAACGUGCACCAAAUUUUACUGUAGAAGAAACCUCUUCAGAUUCGAUAUUGGUAAAGUGGGAAGAUAUGCCUAUUGAAGAUUGUCAGGGGUUUUUAGAAGGAUAUCGGCUUUCCUUUGCAAAAGGUGAAAAAGAUACCUUAAAGCCUAGGCUUUUGGAAUCAGGGAAUCCGGAACUUAAAGUUAAGAAUAUCACUGACUUAACAAAAAAGUCUUUGAAAAUACUUGAUCUUCAAGGCAAAACGAGUUACCAGCUAGACCUACAAGCCUACACCGCUGGUGGGCUGAGCCCUCCAAACAGCCUCUAUGUGGUGACAAAGGAAGACUCUGUAGGACUAAUCAUUGCAAUUCUCAUCCCUGUGGCAGUGGUUGUUCUGCUUGGAGUGCUGGCAAGCAUCUUUUGCUAUAGAAAAAGGGAAUGGAUUAAAGAAACAUUUUAUCCAGAGAUCCCAAAUCCGGAGAACAGUAAGGCACUGCAGUUUCAGAAGAACAUCUGUGAGGGCAAUAAGUCACUUAAAACACUGGAAAUGAAUCCCUGUACCCCAAAUAGUGUUGAAGUGGUGGAAACACAGUCUGCAGCUCCCAAAAUCGAAGACACUGAGAUGAUGUCCCCAGCAGCAGACACCAUUGUGCCUGAAGAUGGAUCUGACUCGGAAACAGAAAACCACGUGGUUGUGUCCUACUGCCCCCCUAUCAUUGAAGAGGAAAUCUCAAAUCCCCCUAUGGAUGAACCUGUGGGGUUAUCUCAGGUGGUUUACAUUGACAUCCAGUCUAUGUAUCAGCCUCAAAUUAGACCAGAGGAGGAGUCAGAAAUAGACUUAGUGACUACUGCAGGCUAUAAGCCACAAAUGCAGCUGCCUGUCAGUGCUCUGAAAAUAGAAAGUCGCUCACCUGCCGAGGAAGAAUCAGAUAAAACCGCAGGUUACAGACCUCAAGCAAACACAAAUGCCUGGAACAUGGACACUCCAGACUCUCCCGGAUCAGUUGAAAGCAACAAUGAAAAUGCAUCUUUUGGGAGCCCAUGCUCCAUUAAUUCCCGACAGUUUCUGCUUCCCCCAAAAGAUGAUGAAGACUCUCCCAAGCCCAGUAACACAGGGUGGUCUUUCACACACUUUUUUCAGAACAAGCCAAAUGAUUAACAGUGAGUCGUCAUUGCACCCGCCUUCUAAAUAAGCUCUUAUUCCUGAUGUUGUAAAGAAAGGAGGAGAAAAAGUGCAAAAAGCAUGCAUUAUUCUUGGAGACAGUCAGCAGAAGUUCUAGUAGGCUGAAUGUUACCAUGUUUAAGUUAGUGGAAGUGUUGUUGUUCCAUUUUAAUAGAGGCUGAGGCCAAAAUUAUAGCAAUUUAGUUAUUACUGUAGUAAAAUAUAUUGGAUAUAAGUGGUAUUGAGUUUAGAUCUCCUGAAAAAUAUAGUCAAAGAACUCUGCCUACCUUCACAUAGUGUUCCAAGGCUAAUAUGAUCUCAUACAACUCAUAACUUGGAAAGAUUGCUUUGCUUUGUUGUAGUUGUUCUCAACCAUGUAUACCCAAACGAUAUAGUCCCAACAGGUUUGCUCACUUGAAGUUUUCAUUUAUUGAAAACUUCAGCCUAAUGUUUGAUAAGGAUAUGGUUGGAAACUCUUGAGAUCUUUUACUUAGUGACAAACUAACAACAAAUCAAAGUUCUACUUUCCUCCCAUAUGAAAUGGUAUUGUCACUGUUUAACACUUUUGAAGCAAUGGCCAUUCAAAUCUGUUGCUUUUUAACUAGACACUAGUUUCUGUACCUACUGUACAAUGUUUAUUCAAUGUUUGACUCAGGGGUUCAAACUGGGGAAAAAAAGUGUAACACUGAUUUAAACCUCAGCAAGAACUGCAUAAAGUUUAAAACUUAAAACACAACCUUAGAAUACUCUAUACUUUUUCUAUCCUUUGGUUAAGGAGUUAAUAUUCUUGAUGUAUUGCACUAAUGCAUUUUGUAUUUUAUCAUUUGAGCUCCAGAUCUUCUGCCUCAAAGUCAUACAAUAUUCCAUUCCCCCACAGUAUUCAGGAGUCUUUGCAUUAUGCAGUAAUGUAAGCCAUGGGGAAAUCUCUGACCACUAACACUAGUUGUCUAAGCCAUUUGGCACCAGAAAUCAGAUGUAGUACUACAGCUCUGUGAGAACAAAUUGCUCUUUGGAUGGUCUUCAUUAAGUUAGCUUUGCUUCCUGCUGCCUGGCUGUUCUCCACGUUGUCUACCCAAAAGGACCUUUUUCCUACAAAUCCUAUUGAGGAGUGAAAAGGGGGAUUUCUGCAGUGGCAGAAACCUAAUGUAAUGAGGUUUUAAGGCCACUAAUUCUACCUCUCCUUUACCAGACAUGUGAUGCAAAGAUAUCUUAAAUGAUGUAAAUUUAUAUGCUUAAAGAAGUGUUCAGAACAAUCAUCUUUGAUUUUUUUUCAUGUAUGCAUCUGUAGGCAACUGUAAUUGUAAUAUUUCACUGUGUAAAUUUCCAACUGUAACACACUGAGUUUCACUAGCUUACAAGACAAAGUGCUCUCUAACUUUCCUGUUCCAUUUUGUGAAACACAGUGAAGAGAGGUCAAAUCUUUAAGUGCUUGAUCAAAAAGGGCCUCCAUAAAGUUCUAACCAAAUCUUUGUGUAGAUUUCAAUUUCCUGAACUAGCUUGUGGCAUUUGAAAUAAAUAAGAUGGAUGAGUGGGUUUCGAACUGAGAUUUCAAACAGGUAAGGAGGCUGAAUUGACUAAGUUGCUAGCUGUAAUGGUGUGAGAACAGACCAGAAGGGUGGCUAAGCUUAGCAGAUGUUUGGUCUACAGAACCAUAUGAUCUGGCCGUCAAAAUAAAACCAAGCAUUAGGUUAAACCUAGUCACUGCAAUGGGUGCUGCAGUUUCAGAUACUGACAUGUCUCUGCCAUCUCCAUGGAAUGAAAACACAGAGGGAUUUCAAAACUGGCAGAACACUAAAGGCAAAACGCUAAGUAGCUUCCAGAUUAUCAUCACUAAUAACUGUGUGUGCCUACUUAAAGAGUGAAAUGUAAACACAGUAAAUUUAGAUAUGUUUGCAGGCCUGACAGAAUGCACGGUCUGUCUGAAGAAUGGAAAGUGCAGAUAAGAUUCUGCUCUAGAGGAUGAAUUUUGGAUUGAACAGAGCUUCAAAUGUAAGUAAGGCAGUGCGGAUAGCUGGUGUCCAUCUGUCACCAGGCAUCCCUACAAGAGAAAGUUUCAUGCCUAACCUAUUACUACUUGUUAUUCAGAACACUAAAUUAAUACAUAAAAGGAAGCAGUUCUACUCUUUGUGCUUGAUAGCUAGGCAGUGAUUAUGUUCUAAUAGCAGCAAUAUUUUCUUUCUUUCUAUUCCAAUGCUCACAAUACUUUAUUUAAAGCCUCUUUCUUUUCAGUCUGGCAGUUUUGUUUUCUAAAUGCAUUUAUGUUCUAAUGAAUUUUAGAUUGUGCUGACAUAUGCUUGUAACUGAAAGCAGAAGAUAUGGGCAUGGGGAGUGGUUUGUUUUGUUUUUGUUUAGUGGAACAGUUUCUCGAUACAGAGAAGCAAUUACUGUUAUAUGAAGAUCCAUAGGAAAAAGGAAUGCUCCGUAGGGGAACAGCUGAUCUCAGAGAAUAACAGUGCUUUCUUAUGGUUGCAUUUUGCAAGAAGCAACGCCAAACUGAAGUCUGGCAGUUUUUAACUUAGCAGACUGGAAGCCAGGGUGACUGCAGAGAGCGCUCAGAGCUCAUGAGGGGCAACCUAACACCCUUUGCAGUGCUCUCAAGGAGAACUAAUUCAACGCAAGUAUCACAUAUUCAAGUUUUCCUUCAUGUUGCUCUUCAUUUUCAGUAAAGGCAAAAUCAUUCUGUAUUGCUUUAUUUCACAAUUAUUAGGUAGUAGAGAGUUCCCCAAAUGUAGGGUCAUCCUUAAUGUAAUCAAAGCACUCUCAUUUAGUUAUCCGUUGCUAUUUUUAAAUUUCUUUUUAACUUUGACUAUCUUAUUUUAUUUGAUUUGUACUCUGAUUUCCAGGAUGUAGGGCAGAAGAGUCCCAUUAAGAGCAGUGGCUUACCAUAUCUUUAAUUUUGCAUUUGUAGCAUUGUAGCAGUGGGGCUUCAGCUGUACACUACCAGUGAGGACUCCUUUCAGAUGUCUAUCUUAAACCUUCUGCAGCAAAUCCAAAUACCACAUGAGUAGUGAGAGGAUAUGUGCUUAUUUACUAACCAUGUGAAGGCCGAAAUUAUAGCAGUUUAGGGAGGUGUGGGUGUGGAGAGCAGUAAGAAUGAAUGACAAGGACCAUCAGAAAAUAGACUUGAUUUUUGAGCCCAAGUGAUAUAUUAAACCAAUGAAGCAUGUUUAAGAAAGUCUUCCAUACCAAAAGCACUUUCACAGCAUGGUGCUGUUUAGCCUCUAGGUGUAUUGAUGUUAAUUGUAAGACUGAAACUUCAGGCUUCAGAGGGGAUCAGAGUCCUUGUACUUGUGCCUUUGGGCUUCCCAGUGAGUCUUUGCAGUCAAAUUAGAUGUGAGUGGAACCUCUUCCCAUUGUUUUUGAAAAAUAUAUUAGGAAACUAGAUGUACUGCGUUUUCAUUGUUUUCUGAAAGAUCUUAUUCCUUUACUGAACACCUACUCUAAUUCUUUUGACUUUUUGCUUUUCUUUCCUAGAAGAAUAGGAAAUAAAAAAAAGGGAAAAGAAUUCCAGAAGGGUUCUGAGUAGAAAAGCUUUUGUCCAAAGCACUUCACUCCUAACUCAGUGAUGCAGUCCUCUGGUUGAAUCAAUGUCCAGAGAUGUAGGGUGCCAGUGUCAAGCUAUUUCUUUCUGAAGCAAAUCAUAAGUGUUGCUGCUUUUUGUUUUGAGCCAUGCCUGUCAUAUGUGACAGUUGGGUUUGGUUUUUGUUAUGAUUUUUAGUACUGUUCAUUUCAUGCAUGGAAUAUCGGUCACAUCUGAUGUAAUAUCAUGCACUCUUCUAUUUAACACAUUCAUUAUUUUUGUUGUUCUGACUGACAUACAGGAGCAUACUUAGGAUCUUGAUUUUGUGUGUUAAAUUUUGGAGUUGUAAAUUAGAAUGUGAUAUACCUCACAGAACUACUAGUUAAUAUUUUCAACAAAAUAGUAAGCUAAUAUUAAAGAUGGACAGUGAAUUAUCUCCCCUGCUAUGUGGUGGCUGCAAAUGCAGAGUUAGGACCUAUUCGUCAAUAUUUGCUGUUGUUGCUGACUUUGUUAUCCAUAGUUGCUGCUUUCAUGGGUAAGCUGUUUCUCAAAGGAAAUCAGUAGCCAUGUCAUCCAUCAUGACACAAUUGGCAAAUGCAACAUGUUUCUUCACCUUUGAUUUAUGAGGGGACCAGAACUUUCCUUUGCUGAGCACAGGGCAGCAGGGCACUCCUGCUCAGCUCAAGUUUCAGGCUGCUCUGAAGGGGCACAUUCAAGUUUCUUUUCUCUCCUUCUUUGUUUUUGACAAGUUCAGCAGAAUAAAGUUAGAGCUGAAGGCAGUGAGAUUCCCUCUUAUACUGUCCUCCUGGACACUCAAUUGAACAUAAAUAGUAGCAAAACUGAGGGUAACUGGAUUUGUUGGAGGGAGAAGGUUUUUGAAUAUCACUAUUAAAAGGCAAUGAGAAAUUGUAUCCUCUAUUUUUAGACAAUAAUUUCUUUGUAAACAGAAUAUUUGUAUCUAAAAGCAGAUAAAAAUACAGUAAAAGAAUUUGAAAUAUGCAGGAAAAGACAUAAUGUUUCAAGAAUCAAGUUGCUAACAAGGCUCUGUACCGUAAACCUAUCAAGAACUUCCCAUGUAAACAGCAUUCUCUGUGCUGCCGCAGGCUUUGAUGAAGACAUCAAAUCAAAUGGCAUCAGUAUUUUUAACACUAAGUAAGGUCCUAACUCUGUGCAAAUAUGUGAUAGCAGUGUUAUGUACCUAGGUGUGUAUUGGCUUACAAUUCCCAAAGCAUGGUUUUUCAGAGCCCUGUACUGGAGUAUAUGCCUUAGGAGGUGCAGUUUCUUGUAGGGGAAAUGGCUGCCAUCCGCACUCCUCCCAGCAUCCUACACAGAGUUCGUGCUGUCAUGCAUUUAGCAGUGACCUGUGUGACUGAUGUUUAGAGAUGCUGUCAGCACAUCUACAGAUUUGUUGUUGGAUUCUUCUUUGAUUCGUCAUUAGCAAGCCUGGGAGCACAUUCUCUGACCCCAAAUGUCGCCUACAGAGAUCAAGGAACAUUGGAGUGUUUAAAAACUCAUUUCCUCGGGCCUCUCUUAAGUUUUUAAAUAUCUUCUUAGAAGCUGGAAAACAGUUUCUUCCAUAACAGUUUUCUUUCCCCUCCUCCAUCAUUUAUAUAACUCUGGAUUUUCCCCAGUGUUUCUAUAAUAGACAGUGUUUAUUUCCUUUUUGCGCAUUAUGCAAACAAACCUCAAAUGAUAUUGGCAGGGUUUUCUGUAACUUUACAAGUUGCCCCAGUGUGCAUAAUAAUGCUCUUUUUUCCCCACAGAAAUGUCUAUCAACUUCUCUCACUUUUUCAACAGAAAAGUCUCCAGAAAGUAUUUGUGGGCUGAGCUUCACCAGGAAGCUCAGCAGGUGAGCCGGUCAGUGAGCAGGGUGCUGCAAGGGGUGGAGUCUCACUGUCUCCUUUUGUCUGGGUGAUGCCAUGGUGAGCAAGAGCAAUUGGCAUCCUCAUCUUUUACUGUGUUGCCUAACAGCACCUCUAGGGAGGAUUUUGAACAGUCCCAAAUCUGCUCUUCGACUGGUGUUAGCAGAAAGCAGGCUGCUGACAAAGUAGAUGCACAGCUUCCAUGAGCACCCUGCCAGCCACACAUUUCAAUAACUUUGCAACUCAUUUGGUUUAAUGUGCAAAUUGUAGUGCCCAGAGAGUAAAGCUUAACCAGAGACUACAUAAAAAAUUGAAUGUUUUCAUUUUCCUUAUUUGGGCUGAGAAAAAUUCAAAAAGCUCAAACUGGGCAAAGUAAAAUAGAAUCUGGUAAAAUCUCACACCUUUUAGUAGAAAUACAAAUACAAAACAAUCCUCAAACUUCCCCAUGGCAGUGUUUCCUCCAUGUGAUUUAAAGUGGCUUAGGGUGAACAAUACUGUAAGCUUUGUAGCCUGUCAGAUGGCCAAAAAAGAAGAUAACUCUCAUCUGAAACCCUACCUGACCGUAGUGGUAGUUUGAACUUUGGUCCAGCUGUGGCACACAAAGCAGCAGAACUGAUGGAGUCAUGCAAGUCACCCAAAAAACUGUUGUAAUCUAAUGCUGUAACUUUUAAAAUACAUACUGUGAACAGGCUCAGUGGUUCAAUGUUUCGGGUUUUUUUUUUAGCUCUUUUUAUACAGUCUUUUUUUAGCAAAAAUGAUUUUUUUAGAGAUGGUUUUGUGUUCUAUUUUUACAAAUAUUUUAAUGGACUUUUGUUAAAUAGUAGUGAAAAUAUUGUUUGCCAAUUUGAAAUGUUCACCUAUAGAAAUUAGUCCUGAGAAUAAAUGAAUAAAUCAUGCUGUCAAAACAGUCAUCCUAAUGCACUAAACCUAACCAGUCAUUUAACAUAGUUCUGUUGUUGAAUGAUGCCGAAGUUUUCCAGCUUCCAAAUCUGUUACUCAAAAAAGAUUUUCACAAUUUAAACAAAAUAAUCAUACAGCACUUUAGAGAAGUAUACCAAGUAAAAUAGUGAUUCAACAGUGUGUAUCAACAAGAAAAUUUAUUAGCUUAGCAAUUAAACAAAUGCAUGCUUGAAGAUGGAAGCAUGGGAUCACGAUGCGGAAAAAAUAUUCCAGGGGGCUAGAUGACAUGUGAGACUAACCUAAGACACCAACUUUGCAAAUGUUUUAGAACUAGUUUGCUUGGCUGUUGUAAUUCCUGUUGUAUUGCUUGUGUGUCUACAAAUAUGCAUGUAUUUAACAAUUUUACCAUAGUAUUGCCAUGGAAUUUAAUAAAUAUAUUUUCUUACGCUCUUA